AAACCGCCCCUUCCCCAGCCCUCCCCGCUGACACGCGCACCCUCAAGCCGGACUUUUUGUCGAAAACCAGACUUGACAAAAACCAAACCAGGACAGCGCCCGGCCCGCCCCAUCCCCACUCGCUGCUCUCCCCCCUCACACACCCGCUCCGCCACACCCAAGAUGGCCCCGGGGGCGGCCGCAGCGGCGCGGGGGGCGCUGGGCGGGGAGUCCACGGGCCAUCGCCUCACGUGAGAGCUGAAAAGGGAAGAGCCGGGAGGGCGCCGGGCGCUGAAGGAGCUUUUCCACCAUGAGGACGCGGUGCCUGCUCCCCGCUCUGCUGAGCCUCUUUCUUGUGCUGCCGGGGCCUGGCGAUGGAGUCAUUGUAUUGUCUGUCCCUGAAGUGGUUUCUUUAGAAAGUGGAAGUUCAACAAACGUCACCAUCUCUCUGAGGGCUCCAUUAAAUGAGACACUGGUGAUAACUUUUAAUAUUACACACUCCUCAAAGAACAGCACCAUCGUUGAACUGCCUGGUGAAGUACAGUUCCCUGCAGGUCACACUAAAGCAGACUUCCAAGUGAAAGCAGAUGAUGUUGGACAAGUAACAGUUUAUCUUUAUGCCACUAAUUCCAGCUUAACUGGACCUAGGAUUCAAUUCCAAGUGAUCCACAGCAUCAUAGUGAGAUAUGCUGAUGAGGUGAUUGGCUGGAUCUAUUUCGUUGCCUGGUCCAUCUCCUUUUACCCUCAGCUCUUUGAGAACUGGCGACGAAAAAGUGUUGUUGGACUAAGCUUUGACUUUAUAGCAUUAAACCUGACUGGCUUUAUAGCAUACAGCGUGUUUAACGUUGGCCUCUUCUGGAUUCCCUUGAUUAAGGAGGAAUUCCUGGUCAGUUAUCCCAGCGGGGUGAACCCCGUGGCCAUCAAUGAUGUUUUCUUCAGUCUCCACGCAGUAGCUCUGACUCUGCUCACCAUCAUUCAGUGCUGCAUCUACGAGAGAGCGGGGCAGAAAGUAUCCAAAGUUGUUGUUGGACUGCUGGCACUUGCAUGGAUCUUCACCUUCACAACACUGUUCCUUGCUGCAGCUGAGGAGAUGACUUGGCUACAGUUCUUAUUCUGCUUCUCCUACAUCAAGUUGGCAGUCACACUGAUAAAAUAUUUUCCUCAGGCGUACAUGAACUUCCGUCGGAAAAGCACUGAGGGCUGGAGUAUUGGGAAUGUGUUACUGGACUUCACUGGUGGAAGCUUCAGCCUUCUCCAGAUGUUUCUGCAGUCAUACAACAAUGAUCAGUGGAAGUUAAUCUUUGGAGAUCCAACCAAGUUUGGCCUGGGUGUCUUCUCCAUCAUCUUUGAUAUUGUUUUUAUGGUCCAGCACUACUGCCUUUACAGGAGACGAGGGUAUGAACCUUGUGAAUAACAAACAUCACUUUAAACUGAACUCACCCCUACACUGGCUGAGGGCUUUCAAGAUUCCUGCUGCCAGUCACCAGGAAUCCUGAUUCUGAUCUCUGUCUAUAAUUUGAUCCUCUCUGGUGUGGAAUGUUGCCCUGCCAAACACUGAUUACCAGAUGCCUUAAGGACAGACAAGCUCUCUGGCCACCACCUGCACAUGGGAGACUCGUGCCUGUUGAAGCUGCACACACAGUUUUAGCCUGAGCACUCCAAGCAACACGUGGCUAUUUUUUCAUUAGCAACAGGGAAGGGAAGGGAAAGACCAGAGUGAUGUCUUUCUCAUUGGGAGUGAAGCACAAAGAACAGAGUUUUGUCUUCCAGAAAUCUGAGAUCUUGUUCAAGCAACCACUUAAUAUCUUAGUGGAGUGACUGAAGACUGUGGAUCCAAGUGCUGCUGCUGACUCCUCAGACAGCUCACAGCACCACUCAGGCUGGCAGUUAACAGCCAGACUGGGACACAACAAUAAUGGGGUUGGUAACAAAUGCACAAAUAUUCGAAUUUUAACUCUUUAUUAAAAAAAUUCUAAGAAGCAGAAACUGUAUUCUUAUUUCUAUUAUUUCACUAAAAGCUCUUUCAAAGGUGCUAAGACAAGUGCUCAGAAUACUUCUGGUUGCUAACUUCAUUUUGCUCAGUUGUACUGACAUGCCUUAAAUCCUGAUGGG